GUGCAAUGUUAGCAUUCGUGACUCGACAAAAUAUUCCACGACCCUCGACAUAAAAAGGGAAUUAGCCAAUCGACCUUCUCAUUCCACCCAAAGUUCCGUUCUCAGCGCGUACAUGUACCAGCAGUUCCUCAACAAAAUGCCUAAGUACACCCUUCAAUACUUUGAUGGACGAGGGAGGGCCGAGGUCUCUCGUUUGAUCUUUGCCGCAGCAGGUGUUGCUUUUGAAGACCAACGGAUCGACGGGGAAGACUGGCCGAAGAUAAAAUCAACUACGCCAUUUGGAAGCUUGCCUGUCCUAGUGGUUGACGGUCAGCAGUUUGCGCAGAGUAUGUCCAUCGCCAGGUACCUCGCCGACACUUUUGGUUUAGCUGGUAAAUCUGGGACGGAUAAAUUAUGCGUCGAUGAAGCGGCAGAGCUUGUUCAAGAACUAUUCGAAGCUCAUAUCAAAGUCAUGUUCACAGAAGAAUCAAAAAAGGCUGAGGCUCUCGCCCAAUUCAAAAAAGAUACUUUACCAAAAAUGGUGGAAAAUAUCGAGAAGGUCUUUGCACGUAACAAGUCAACGUCUGGAUUCAUCGUUGGGGAUAAGCUUUCCUAUGCCGAUCUGUACCUUCUCAGUGUAUUGGACCAGCUGCCAGAAGAUGCUGUAGCGGCCAUGUCAAAGACGAUCCAGAAGAAUAGGGCAACUGUGCAAGCAUUACCAAAUGUUAAGGCAUACCUAAAAAAGAGGCCAACGACCUCGUUUUAACUAUAUGUAUAAUCAAAAGACCUGUAAUGCUGUCGUAGUUGUUCUUGUAUCUUUUUACACGUCGCAUGAUCGAGCCCUGCAGUGCUAAAAGGCAGCCAAUCUACUUCUGAUUGUUUCAAGAAACGCAAUUCUUAUUGAGCUGCUUUAAAACAUCCCAAGACAUCAGGCCUAUUCAUGCAGUCGAUACAUACUUACUUCCUCAUCGGAAACAUGCGAAAGGAGGAGUCAUGUUCUAGGCCCUGUUUGCAAGAAGAUGCGUUUAAACGACCAAAAUAAUUAACUAACCUUCUCCCCCAAACCAAGGUAAGAUGUUAGAGCCACAAAUAACUUCUUCCACAAUGGUAUUUUUAGCAGGGUUAAAGGCAAAUGGGAAAUUCUGCCCUGUCCCUUUGUUCGUAAAACCGUAAAAUAGUAUGAAUAACUAAUAAAAUGUGAAGGAAUUAAAGCAAUAUACCAAGCGAUUGA